GGAGACGGAGACGGAGCCGGCGUCGGCGUGUCCAACGUUUUACUGCAGUAAAAAGAGGGGAAAGAGCGAGUAGAAAGCGGCAGCGGGAUGGUGGGGAAGAUCCGGCGGCUCCGCCACAAGCUCCACGCGGCUGCGGUGAAGUUUGUCCCGCAGGACGCUGGAGUCGGAGGAGCGGGAGGAGGAGGAGGUUCGGCGGCGGCGGCGCUGGUGGUGCUGGAGAAGAAGAAGAAGAACUUGAAGUUGAAGAAGGUUCCGGGGCCGAGUGGGGCGGAGGGGGACAGACGAGCUGAGCAGCAACCACAAGAAGAAGAAGAAGGACAGAGUCAGAGUGCAGCAGCAGGAGCGGCUCAGGCGGCCGCGCAGCAGCCUCCUCCCUCCCGCCGCCGGUUUCCCCCGAACGGCUCCUCGACGCCGCCUCAGCAGGGGGUCCCCGUGCUGCCUUCGGCCGUCUUCUCCGGCACCGCGAUCCGGCCCGAGCAGCUCGUGCAGAGCCUGAGCGUCGCGAGCGCGGAGUCCGCAGCUCCAGAGGAGAGGAAACAGCAGCCCAAGAAGCUGAAGAUGAAGGAGAGGAGAGAGUGGCUGCUCCAGAGGCUCAGCGACUUGCGCCUGGCCAGGGAGAGAGAGCGGGCACGAGCGCGCAGGAGGGCCACGCCUGUGGUGGGCGACAUGCAGGUGCUGGCCGACGCCCUGCCGGAGCUCUCGGAACUCAUCUCCAGCAGCCGCACCCCCAUCCGCAAGAAGGACAGGCCGCCAGUGCAGAAGAAGCCCGAACCGACAGACUUGAGGCUGAUGAAAGCCGGACAGAAGCGCAAACUGCUGGAGACGGAGAGCUGCAGGUUCAGAGAGACGCUGCAGGAUCCGGCUUUCAGAGCGAACCCGCUGGGGGCCAUCGGCGAACACCUCAGGAAGAGGCUCAGGGAGGAAGAGCGGCAGGACCCCAGAUAACGAGCGGCUCGGCUCCAGGUGCACGUGAACUCUGACCCCCGCCCCGCCUCUACCACGCUCGGGGAAGGUGCGAAACCCAGAGCCUCGCAGCGAGCAGAGCUGGGAGAAGCAUCUCUGAAAGACCACAAGGCGGAGAGGGUGACGCCACGAUGCGCGACGGGAAGCGUCGGCGUCGCUCGUGCGGCAGGAUGUGUGCAGUCCUGCGGGGGUAUUCCCACCGUGUCCCUCCGUCGUCCUCCUCCUUCCCCGUCGCACAUGGUGACUGACGUUCUCUGCUGUCUUGUGUAACAGAGUGGACUGGACUACAUUGGAGUGGAGUGUGUUGGACAGUCAUGUGUUUGUGCUCCACAUGGGGAAAAAGAAACAUUUGAAACCCGUCAGACGUCUCUGAGCUCUUUUCUCCGUCUAGGUGUUUUAUAGAGGUGACGCUCAGGUGUGCUGGAGCUGUCGAGGUUCCGCUGGUUUUCAGUCGCCUCCAUUCUGCUCCAACAACCCCCCACCCCACAGCGAGCCAGAAUCAGUCCCGACUCCCUACGGUUUCCGUGGUGAUGCGAGGUGUUGGGCCAAAGGACUCGGUCGUCCUAACA